AUCUGGCCUCUUCCACCACUGGGACAGCAUUUAUGCCAUAAGCUCAUACGAUAUUUGCUAGUUAGCUAGUUUACAUUUAUUCAUCAAAUUUUCUGUUAAAGGAGGUUAUAUAUUGGUCCUUCGUGCAAAAAAUGAGUGGAAUACCAGGCACCGCUGUAAUACAGAUAACUAAUCUUUCAUCAGCUGUGAGCAGCGAGCAAAUGCGGACUCUUUUUGGCUUUCUCGGUGACAUCGAAGAGUUGCGCCUAUAUCCCCCCGACAAUGCCCCACUCUCUUUUUCCUCCAAAGUGUGUUACAUAAAGUAUCAAGAUCCUUCCAGUGUUGGUGUGGCACAACAUUUAACCAACACUGUGUUUAUUGACAGAGCUCUGAUUGUUGUGCCAUGUGCCGAGGGGAAGAUUCCGGAAGAGACCAAGGCACUCUCGCUUUUGGCGCCCAGCGCUCCAGUGACCAACCUGCUGCCCGGAGGAGGUGGUCUCCUGCCAGGAGGAGGGGGUCUCUUACCAGGGGGAGGGGGUCUCUUACCAGGAGGAGGGGGUCUCUUGCCAGGAGGAGGUGGUCUCUUGCCAGGAGGAGGUGGUCUCUUACCAGGAGGAGGUGGUCUCUUACCAGGAGGAGGGGGUCUCUUGCCAGGAGGAGGGGGUCUCUUGCCAGGAGGAGGGGGUCUCUUGCCAGGAGGAGGUGGUCUCUUGCCAGGGGGAGGGGGGCUCUUGCCAGGAGGAGGGGGUCUCUUGCCAGGAGGAGGUGGUCUCUUGCCAGGAGGAGGUGGUCUCUUGCCAGGAGGAGGUGGUCUCUUACCAGGAGGAGGGGGGCUCUUGCCAGGAGGAGGGGGGCUCUUGCCAGGAGGAGGAGGGCUCCUGCCCAUUCCCGCCCCCACCCCAGUCCAGAAUCGCUCAGUGAGUCUCCCUGUGGCAAGCUUGGCGCCGGCGCUGCAGGCUGUGCUGGACCCUUCUCUCAGUGGCCUUGGGAGCGUCUCGCAGCCUCCCCUCAUGGGGAAUGUGGACCCAUCCAAGGUCGACGAGAUCAGGAGGACCGUCUACGUGGGAAACCUGAACUCCCAGACUACAACUGCUGAGCAGCUGCUGGAGUACUUUAAGCAGGUGGGUGAGGUGAAGUUUGUGCGAAUGGCCGGCGAUGAGACGCAGCCCACGCGUUUCGCUUUUGUGGAGUUCUCUGACCAGGACUCAGUUGCCAGGGCCUUGACCUUCAAUGGAGUCAUGUUUGGAGAUAGACCACUAAAGAUCAACCAUUCCAACAACGCCAUUGUGAAGCCCCCAGAGCUCACCCCCCAGGCUGCCGCCAAAGAGCUGGAGGACGUGAUGAAGCGUGUCCGCGAGGCCCAGUCCGCCAUCGUUGCUGCCAUCGAACCAGAAGUGGAAGAGUGCACCUCUAGUCGCUCCAGACGUUCCAAGAGGUCCCAUUCUCGGUCGCGGUCCAGGUCACCUUCUCGCUCACGGUCCCGUUCCAGAAGGAAGCGCUCACAGUCGAGGCACAGGAGCAAAACGUCCCAGAAGUCGCGUCAUGGGGACUCACACAGUUCCCGCGGUUCCCAGAGAAGGCGCACUCGCUCUCGAGACAGGAAACACAGCCGCAGCCGCUCCAGGGACAGGCGGAAAGGGAAGGACGGGAGAGCCCGGAAUAAAGAUGUCGACUGGAACAGGGAUGACCGGCGGAAAGAGAAACGCGUGCGAACGCCCCCGAAAAGCUACGGCGCGUCCCGAAAAUCACGCAGCACAAGCAGAGGGCACAGAAAACGAAGCCGAACUCGAUCCAGGUCCCCAAGAAGGAAAGCCAAAUCCCCCACACCAAAGAGAGGAAAGAAGGAAAAGAAGCGUGAGAAGACCAGAGACAGCAGCCGGGACCAGAGGGAGCACUCUAACUCCCGGCGGAUGACCAGUCGAGACAAAGACAGACAGGAUAACAAGGCCAAGCCUGUGCAGGUCGAGCGUGACUACGACAACGAGGAGAAGGAGUACCAGAGCGACGCAUCGGGAUCGGCCAGCGAGGACAUGUCGCCCGCGGCGCAGCACAACGGCAGCUACGGCAGCCGGAAUGGUGAUGACGACGAUGAGUUGCCCAUGGCAGAGGCCACUGCGUGAAACAGACACACACACACACACACACACACACACACACACACACACAAACAUACGCACAAAGUCAAACAGAAGUUCCCUGCUACUCCUUGUGAAGUGCUUUGUCCCUUGCUUCGUCCCCUAGAACUGUACUGAUGAUGCCCGUGUGAGAAUCGUUAGAAGCGGCCUCCUCCCUCCUUCCCAAAGCUUCUUGCUGCUGUGAAAUCCUCUCCUUGUCAUAUGAUAUUCAUAUGGGGAAAAUGGACCUGAAAAUGUACAGCUUUUUUGUUGUUAAUGGGUAGAACUUUACUGUAUGAACUCUAUUGAAGUGUUUUUUCCCCCGUGUUUAUUUUUAUUUCUCCUACUUUUAUUCUAAGCAGUUAUGUUGUGUGUGUGUGUGUGUGUAUGUGUGUGUGUUUUCUGAAGAUCUGUCUGGCUUUACCCUUAGUUUUUUUUUGUUUAUCCUUUUUUUUUACUGAAACUGUAACUGAGUCUAUGUGGUUCUCUGCUAGACAGAUAUUUAGUCUGUGUUGAAAUCAGAGUUUAGUUUCUGUGUUUUUUUUAAAACAGAAUGGUGUUCUCAGAACUUCAGACAGACCUUUAAAUCUUAAUGGCAUGCCAGGUAACCAGGCUGUCAACAUGAAGAGGCUUAUUCUAUAUUGAGAAAAUGUUGAAAUAUGAGGUUGAGGUAUGGAAGGAAAAAGUGCCUAGACCAAGAUUGUAUAAAAUAAUAUACUGCUAUAAAAAUCUAUGAAGAUUAACAUUAGUUUUUAAGAAUGCAUAUAUUCGUAUGCAUCAAUCAAUGCAUAAAUAAAGAUAGAGGGCCACAGUUUAAGGUUUCUGUUUCUGUUUUUCUUUCUCCUCCCCAAACUUGAGAGGGACUUUCUUGGAUCAUGACUGUCAAGGUCCCCCGAUCUCCAAACCUUUUGUUUAAUGCUGUUUUAUGUACUAAUCCUUUAAUUUUUUUAUACAGUAUUGUGUUCAGCUAAGUCAGGCACUCCCCCCUGUUACUAUUAUAGUACUACUAUGUUCUUGCUACCUGGGUGUGAAGUAUUGAUACGAGAACCAGAACAGUGUGGUUGGCUCUACUUUUGUGAAUUCAGGGAGACAGACCAGGACAUGGCAGACUCAUACAGUCAGGGGCACUCAGUUACCAAGAGACUAUAGUGAGCCGUCACCCCACCCAGCUUUGAACCUGGGACUACGGGGUACUAAACCUACAACCUGACUGCAACGCCAAACAGACAGAACCAUUGGUAUGGCAAUCAGACUGCAUACUCGGCAUACUCAGAGACAUUUUUACAAAAGUACAUUUUAUUGAAGCGGCAUUAAAAGGCAGUCCUUUACUCUGUAAGAUUUUUCUUCUUUUUUUGUCAGCAGAAACCAUUAAUGGUGUUGUGAGGGCAUUUCUGGUUGUCUCUGCCAUUUGUAAAUUUGCAGAGGUGUUUGAGACUCUUGCCAUUGGAUACUACAAAGGGGAGUUCCCCAGAGGUAAACAUGGUUUAGGACAGUUAAUGGCAUCUUGGGCUGUGUGGGAUUUGUGCUCCUCCCAAACCUUGUCAUUUUGAGAAAAAAAGUGAAAAAAUACUGUCUGUCAACAGAAUGGACUUUCCUAAAUAAAAUGAUAAUAAAGAGCUUUGGUUUAAA